GCUCAGGCAGACGGGUCCGGCCACAAGCCCCCUCUGCCCACCCUCCCCACGACCAGCCCCAGUGCCGGGGAGCCACGAGCAGCCGGACCUCCCUAGUCUGACCCUCUUGCCUCUCCCCCUUUCUGACUUCUGACCCCGAGGCACACAUUGAGACCACCACCAGUCCCUGAGGGUUCCUCAGGACAGGUAAGACAUCGCUUUGGGCUUCUCUGCAGGGGCAGCCAUGUCGCAGUUCUCCACCAUGACGACCAGCGAGCGGAAGAUGCAGGCGGCGGCGAUCUGCAGGGAGUUUCUCGGGCAGGAAGACACUGAGAUGGAUCUUGGGAAGAAAGUGAGCGUGCCUAAGGACAUCAUGCUGGAGGAGCUGUCGCUCGCCUCCAACCGGGGCUCCCGUCUCUUCAAAAUGCGCCAGCGACGCUCGGAGAAAUACACUUUCGAGAGCAUCCAGAACCAAAACAACACCCAGAUCAAUAACGGAGUGGUUUCUCUGACGGAGAAUCCCGCGGGUGAAAACGACUCCGCUGACAACCAGCCACCCAAAGAGGAGGCAUGUGACACACCAGACGGAACAGGGGAGCCGAAUCCAGACAGCAUUGCCCCGGGGUACGGAGGUCCUUUAAAAGACAUCCCUCCGGAGAAGUUCAACAGCACGGCUGUGCCAAAGUCCUACUUCUCACCCUGGGACCAGGCCAUCAACGGUGAUCCAGCCUUAGCCGGCGCUCUCACCGGCUGCAUGCCCGAGCCCGAGCCCCAGCCAGAACUACCGGGGUUCAAAAGUUUCAACAGGGUGGCGACCCCGUUCGGCGGCUUUGGCAAAACACCAAGCAGACCGGCUCCCAACAAGCCGGCACAGGCCGAGGCCCUCCCCGACUUCCCUGAGCUCCGGGGGGACGCACCGAUCAACCGAUCCUCCUUCAACAGAUCCGCUCUGGGGUGGGUGUCGACGGGCGGGGCGGUCCCCCUCCACACCAUUUCCCUUGAGCCCGCGCUCAUCCCUGAGUCAGACGACCUUUGAACCCGUAAUGAAGUCACACAGAGAUGCUGUCAACUGCCUUAUCGGCCGCCGUGUUUAUUAUACCACAGCACCAGCUACCGGCUUAAGCAAACACACGGGACUAAUUAAAGUGUAAUUGAGUCUUUCGUAUGAGUCUCUCAUUUUUAAUUUAUAAUAGUGUAAUAAUGUGUAAUCUAUUAUUUCCUAAUUAAACACAAACAGGCCUUGUUUGCAUGUUAUUGUUUGUGCCAUCAUCUUCACAUACUAGCUUAUUGCUGUCAUGGCCGAUUGCAGUUAAGGGGUCCUAUGAUGUGUUCUACAUUUUUGGAGUGAGAAAUAUAAAAGUGAGUUCAUAACA